GGGGAGGGCGUAAGUGGAGGGGAUUACGCAUUGUGAGAACCACGCGCAUUUAGCUUCUGCUAUUGUGGCGACUGAAUUGCUUUCCAGUACCAGGGUAUUCAGUUAAGCAGAUUGUGUUUCCUUACACCCCACGAUGAUCUCCCUGGAUGGCGGCUGCUGAUAAGUGGCUCUUGGGCGGGGGGGGGGGGACAACAGCAGCAUCACACAAACAGGGACGUGAGCGUGCACACAAACCGCUUCACAACAACAUGGAACACGGCUCUGCAGGGAUCCUGGAUGACUUUGCUGUUGAGUGAAGAAUUGGUGACACCGGACCAGUGACGCUUCAGUCUUCCGUCCAGUAACCAUGGGAAGUGCCGAGGAAAUGCACGGCUGGACAGUGAGAAUGAGCGCGCCGGGCGUUUUGGCUGUGGUGACGUUCUUUUCCAUGCUUCCUGGCGGAGUGCUGAGCGACAUGAGAUGCACUCAGGGUCUGGAAGCCCAACAGUUUGCCCAGGGCUCCACUCAUCUGCACCGCCGCCUGAAGAGAGGCUGGAUCUGGAAACAGCUGUUUGUCCCGGAGGAGGAUCCCACUCCUCGUGUUAUUGGCCAGCUCAAAUCUGAUUCCGACCGAGGCGAGUUUUCUAUCAAGUACAUUCUAUCAGGGGAAGGCGCCGGAGAUGUGUUUGAGAUAGAUGAGUAUUCAGGUGAGAUCCGGACCCUGAAGAAGCUCGAUCGUGAGGAGAAGGCUUUUUACAUCCUUCAGGCCCAGGCUAUCAACAGGAGGUCCAACGAGCCCGAGGAGCCCCAGUCGGAGUUUAUCAUCCAGGUGCAAGACAUCAAUGACAACGUCCCCCAGUUCCAGAAUGAACCAUAUGUGUCCAGCAUCCCCGAGAUGUGUCCAACUGGGACCACGGUGGCCCAGGUGACAGCCACAGAUGCCGAUGAUCCCCUGUUCGGAAACAACGCCAAGCUCAUCUACUCCAUCCUGCAGGGGGAGCCCUACUUCUCCGUGGAGCCGAAGACGGGGACCAUUGUUACAUCCUGGCCGAACAUGGACCGUGAAGCCAGGGAGCAGUACCUGGUGGUGGUGCAGGUGAAGGAUAUGCUGGGCCUGAGCGGCGGCUACUCCACCUCCACCACAGUUACCGUCAGCCUGACUGAUGUCAACGACAAUGGGCCCACGUUCCAGCACCACCUCUACACCUUCGCCGUCCCUGAGAACGCGGCCGUGGGAACCACAGUGGGCAGGAUCAUGGCGGAAGAUGGAGAUGUUGGCAUCAACGCCAGGAUGACCUACACCCUGGAUGACGACCUGGAGGAGAACGCCACCUUCAUCAUCCAAACAGACCCAGUGACGCAGGAGGGGGUGGUUCUGCUCGCCCAGCCUUUGGACUACGAAACAAAGAGGCGCUUCGUGAUGGCGGCUGAGGCCGUCAACGACCACGUGGACCCUCGGUUUCUGGAUCUGGACGGGUUCAUGGACAGGACGACGCUGAAGGUCAUCGUGCAGGACGUGGACGAGCCGCCCGUCUUCCUCUCGCCGGCCUACGAGUGGAAGGUUCCCGAGAACGCCGCCGUGGGAACCGUGCUCGGCGGCAUCAGCGCCAGGGACACUGACACGGUCGGCAACGCCAUCAGAUAUUCAGUCGACAAAAGGAGCGACGGCACAAAAGCUUUCAGAAUCGACCCAAACAAUGGAACCAUUACCGUCGCUCGAGCCUUGGACCGGGAGACGAGCGCCUGGCACAAUGUGACGGUCGUAGCCAGGGAAACAUCCCAGAACCAUUUAUCCUCCUCGGUGGUGGUGUUCAUCAAAGUGCUGGACAUAAACGACAAUGUGCCAAGGCUUGCAAGAGAUUACCAGCCAUAUAUCUGUGAGGGGACACAGGCAGGAGAACUCAUUCAGCUGCUCGGCGCUGUUGACCCGGACGAGCCGGUGGAGGGCCACCACUUCUACUUCUCCAUGGUCCCCGAGAAGCACAUCAAUCCCAACUUCACCAUCCGAGAUAAUCAAGACAACACAGCCGGCAUCGUGGCGCGCCGGAGCACGUUCACCCGUAAGGAUCGAACCCAGUACCUCCUGCCCGUGGUGGUGACGGACAGCGGCUCCCCAGCUCUCUCCAGCACCAGCACGUUGACCAUCAGCGUGUGCAGCUGCCAGCCGGCAGGACACUGUCCCACGGGGGGGGUGGAGGCGCUUGCUCUGUCCAUGGGGCUCAGCCUGCAGACACUGCUGGGGCUGCUGGUCUGUCUGGUCACGCUCACAGUGCUGUCAAUUCUAAUGCUGAUGGUGAGGAGACACAGGCGGAAGCAGCAGGAGGCGCAGGAUGUGGAGGUGAAGGAGCUGGAGCUGCCGGAGACGGUGUCUCAGAAGGUGCUGUAUUACGGAGAGCGCGGGGGUGGCGGAGCGGGCCUCGACUUCUGCCCGCCCGCCGUUCCCCUGCGCCACCACCCCCGAAGGGAGAGGGGGAGGCGGCUGCGGAGGGAGGACGUCAGGGCCAGCAUACGGAUGUCCCUGAGGGAGUCGCACCUCAUCGGGCCGGAGGACGACGUCUUCAGGCAGUUUAUCAUGGACAGGCUGGCGGAGGCUGAUCGAGAUCCUCACGUCCCCCCGUUCGACUGCCUCAGGAUCUACGCUUACGAGGGGACGGGGUCUCCGGCAGGAUCCCUGAGCUCACUGGAGUCGGAUGCUUUCGAGAUUGUACCCGAGCAGGCAGCUUGUACCACCAGGCCCUACGUGGUGAGGCUCACCCCUUGGUAUGGGGGAGGAGAGGAGGACACCAUCUUCUGAGAGCUUCGUCUUCAGGCGGAACAGUUUGACAUUUUGUGAAAUAUGCUUAUUCCCUUUUUAUUUAUCAAGACAGUGCAAAGCUACAGUCGGCAGGUGUAUGUCUAUGGAGGCGCUUGUGCUAACCAGCUGUUGUAUUUUACAAAAUGUCAAACGCUGCCUUCAAAGAUAGAAUCAAGCCGACAUCUAAAAAGCUAUUGUUAGCAUGUUUUUCUAACUUGCUGUAACUGUGUGAAUACAGAUGACAUGAAGUGUGUUGGACCUUUUCUCUCUGGACUCUGCAACAAUCAAAUCCCAUCCACUGUACGCGAUAAAAUACCAAAUAUAUCUACAGCUAGAACCGAUAUUACAUACAUGAGACCAGUGGCUAUAUUUCUCAAGGCGAGUGACCCAUUUUCACUGCCGUGCAAAUAAUGACUCUCCUCCUUAAGAGCAGCACAAGUGGAAGCAGCGUGAUGCGGCUCCGCUGCUGAAGGGCCUCUCGACAAAGAGGUCAAAGGUGCAAGGCUGGAUAAUAUAGGUUUGAACUAUAUUUCACAGAAUGCGGCUCGAAUCCGUUUCUGCUAAAGCGAUGACACGUUAUCUGCUGAUGAAGCUGUAAAGGCAGAAAUAAUUGGCUGGUGAGAAAUCCAGGAGACGAGGAGCAGCACAAGGGUUUGUUUAGAGGGAAGAUGAAUGGUGUCAGAUAUUCACUCUCUGAUAUUUAACUUGUAGCUGCACUGCUACGUUCAGCUGAUGGAGAUGAUAGUUUUGUAAUGAGCAGGUCACAUCCUGUGCACAGAGGUAGUUUGCAGCUUGAAAACCAAACCAAAUGUUAUUGUUGUUAUAGUAUUGAUGCACGCAGCUUAAACCUGUGUUAGGCUUUCUCAGAGUAAGGACCCAAUCACAGAUAAGGAUGCAAAAAUACUUAUAUAUUUUAAAAAAAGAGGAAAAACCAAGGAUCCAAAAAGGCAAAAAUGACAAGAGCAAAAAACAGAAAAUCCAAUUCAAUAUUUGGCAAAAACAGAAUUCAAAAAAAGGGAAAAAUAAAGAAGAUCAAAAAACAGAGAGUCAAAUAUCAUACCAGAUAAACCUAGCUCAAAAAAUUACACAGACAAAAAAAGAUAACAAUACAACAGGGGACAACAGAAAGACUCGGCUUAUAUAGAAGGGGGAAUAAAGACAAGACACAGGUGAACUAAUCAGGCAAACACUCAGGGUGACGAUGGGGAACAGGUGAGGGAGAAAAAGAGCGGGAAGCAGCAGAGGGCGGAGUCUCCGGACAAUAACAGAACACACAUGGCCUGACAACUUAAACACAACAAGCAAUGACAACAUAAAUAAACAGGGGGAAACACAUGACAUGACAAAACGCAAGCAGGAG